AUGGCCGUGUUUGGAACUGAUGAAUAUGAUGUCAGAAUGUUUGGCACUACAGCGAAUGUACCAAAUGCUGAUAUUGCCAAAAUAAUGUAUUAUCUAGAUUGUAUAUGUACUGUUAUUGAUUACAAUGAUAAUGGCAUUAAUCGAUAUCGAAACUAUUCAAAUUGGGCUGAUAUGUCGGAUUAUGAAGAUCGUUUGAUUUAUUUAUUAGCUUUAACACUUUCGCCAGAUGAAUUAGAGGAUAAAGCCCUUUUCGAGGCACCAGAAUUAUGUCCUACGACAAAUAAUCAGUUCUAUGAAAUUGGUCAGGUUAGAAAUCGUUUCGUGGUUGUUCCAUCAAUUAUCAUAGGUGGUCGAUCGCGUGAAGUGAAAAAAAUUAUGGCAUAUGAACCAAUUUGGAUGCAGAGAAACUAUUAUGAACCAAUGGCAAGACUAAAAAGACGAUUUAGUGCAAACGAAGACAGCGACAACGAUGACGAUGACGAUGACGAUGACGAUGACGAUGACGAUGAUGAUGACGAUUAUGAUAACAAUACUUAUUAUUAUGCUACACCAUCAUCGAGUACUUGUGUUAUUUCUUGA